AUGACCACCGCCGAAGCUAAGCUAGGCGAUCUCGUUCUGGCCUCGGCCUCCAGCUGGGAAGAAGUCGAAGGGAACAUCUACUUCCCACGCUCUUCUAUCCAGGAUAACGCCGUCUUCGUCAAGACAGAUAGCACGACCUUUUGUCCAUGGAAAGGAACUGCAAACUACUACCGCAUCAAUACGGCAGAUACAAGUGUCGAAGAUGCAGCGUGGUACUAUGCAGAGCCGUACGAAAAGGCGAAGAACAUCAAGGAUCACAUUGCUUUCUACAAAUCCAAGAUUGAAAUCACGGUAAAAUGA